AGAAGAAAGUAGCCACGAAUGUUACGUUUACGUUAGCUAGGUUGUUUUUUAACAAACAAAUACGAACAUGUUGAAGCUUUAGACCAUUUGUGUGCAUAGACAUUUGUGUUGUAAUGAGAUUGCAAAUUUAUACGGUUUUGCAUUUGCUUUUAUAUUCACUACGCUAAUUUCUGAGUAGCUAGGUAGCUAGCUAACACCCACAAAUAUGAGUUCUCUAAACUGCUCCCCUCCUGCUAAACAAGAGGUCUGCUGGCCCGAGAAGACAGGUCUCGUGAAAGAGGAGGUUGAAGAAGAGGAUUUAACAGUUAAAAUAGAAGUAGAUAUUACAGUGAAAGACGAACAAGUUUCGUUAACAGAAGAGGAAGCUUUCGGGGUGAAAGAGGAGGAUGUUACUGUGAAAGAGGCUAAUGUUACCGUGGAAAAAGACAUUUCUGUUAAAGGAGAGGACGUUUUUAGAUUAAAAGAAGAGUUUGUUACGGUCAAAAAAGAGGAUGGAGAUAAAAAAGUUAAAAAGGAGGAGGGGGAGAGGAUUGUUAAGGAUAAAGAAUCUGAAGAGGCUUUUGGCGUGAAUGAGGAGAGGAUAUACACUUUGGAACUGGAAGAUGCGGGACAUCGCAUCAAUACCAGAGAAAGACCAGAUUCAGAGGAACCAGAGCCUGACUCAUCCCACCCUGCAAGACAUCACUGCUCCCAGUGUGAAAAGAGCUUUAACUGGUUAGGGCACAUGAAAAGGCAUGAGAAAAUCCACACUGGAGAAAAGCCAUAUGACUGCUUUCAGUGUGGGAAGAGUUUUUCCUUAUUAGAGUACCUGAAAUUACAUGAAAAAAUACACUCUGGAGAGCGGCCUUACCAAUGCUCUCAGUGUGGAAAGAAUUAUAUUCAGUCAUCACAUCUCAAAGCGCAUGAGAGGACACACACAGGAGAGAAACCUUUUCAUUGCUCCCAGUGUGAAAAGUGUUUUACCUCUUCAGGAACCCUGAAAUCACAUAAGAGAACACACUCUGGAGAGAGGCCUUACCAAUGCUCUCAGUGUGGAAAGAGAUUUUUCAGAUCAGGGGAAUUGAAAAUUCAUGUAAGAAUACACACAGGAGAGAGGCCUUUCCAGUGCUCUUUGUGUGGUAAGAGAUUUAACCGAUCAGGGGAACUGAAAAAACAUGAAAGAAAACACUCAGGCGAGAAACAUUUUAAAUGCUCUCAUUGCGGAAAGCCAUUUUUCCGAUCAGCCGAAUUGAUAAUACAUGAAAGGACACACACAGGAGAGAAGCCUUUUCACUGUUCUCAGUGUGGUAAGAGUUUUAACCAGUUAGGGACUCUGAAAAAACAUGAGAGAAUACAUACAGGGGAAAAGCCCUACAAAUGCUCCCAAUGUGAAAAGAGAUUUGCCCAGUUAGGGACUCUAAAAUCACAUGAGAGAAUACACACAGGAGAGAAGCCUUUCCACUGCCCCCAGUGUGAAAAGAGUUUUUCCUCAUCAGGGUACCUAAAAUCACACAAGAGGACACACUCUGGGGAGAAGCUUUUCCCGUGUACUCAGUGUGGAAAGAAUUUUAAUGUAUUAGGGAGUCUGAAAACACAUGAGAGAAUACACACAGGGGAGAAACCUUACAAAUGUUCCAAGUGUGGGAAGCGCUUUACUCAAUCUGGAACCCUGAAAUCUCAUGAGAGAAUACACACAGGAGAAAAUAUGUUGUAGUGAUCUGAUUGUUGUAAUGUGGAAAGAGAUUGAGCCACAGGGACCCUAGAAUCACAUGACACACACUAGAGAAAGAUUUAUAAAACUGGGUAUUUUGCCUUCUUUGUAUUUGUGUUAUACCCAGUUAAUUAAUAUUGAAAGGCACAGAGUACAGUAGGAAUGUAAUGAAACAGUCAUUUUAAUUAUAGAGUAUAACUGUAUCUAAUGUAUUUACUGAUUAAU